AUGCCUACGAAGGAGGAAUGGUCCUUGAUGAAUUGGAUGAGGGCAGAGAAUAUCAUAAGAAUGAGAGGUGUGGCGUAUGUCCAGCACCACACUUCGAGAUCGCGUUCUAGUUCUAUUUUUGUAGAUCGGAUGGGACCGGACUACUUGCAGCGAACAAGUUCAUGUGCUAUAGCCUUAAAUUUGGAGAAAACGAAGCAGCCCCAGUUGACGCCUACGAACAUAAUCAUCAACAACAGAGACAAAACGGAAAGUCAGGACGAGAAACACAAGGAAAAGGAAUUGAAGAUGGUUUGCUUGGCGUGUUUGUUGCCUCUCUUCCUCGUUCCAAUCGUCAACAUUUUGCCUCUCCUCUUCGAUUUCAUUAUUGGAAAAGUGUAUAGAAUGUUGGGGUGGGAAUAUCGGAAGCCGGAGAGAGCACCCGCUGCUUGUCCCUACAAGCCUGCAGCCACCAAUCCCAAAACUACUGUUGCUAGAGAACCUAAUUCAGCAGCCCCUCUUUAUCCUGUCCAGAAAUCGGUUGCUAGAGAACCUAAUUCAGCAGCCCCUCUUUAUCCUGUCCAGAAAUCGGUAGGAGUUGACGAUGGCAAGCUUGAGUGACAGAUUCUCUGUGCGUGGACAUCAAAAUUGAAUGCUUUGUAAAUUUUCACAGCGAAAAGACAAUUUAUCUAGUUGUUGUUUGAGGAUAACGAUAUGCGAUGCUGUCAAAUUGUUUCUUUGUUAUCAAUAACAGGUUACUAAGGUGCGCUAUGUCUUUUGCAACUUUAUAUGCUUCUAACCUUCAAAACUGAAUUGGUAAUUGAGUGGGGGGCUUAUUACAUUAUUCCUAUAAAGUUUGAUCAGGAAGUCUGAUUUGGGCAGAGGCAUUUGAACCAAACCCUUUUCUGAUCUUCCCCUGCGAACCCACCAUUGGCCUUUGGUUACAGUUGGGCUCUUGAUGGUGGCCAUUGCAUGCUCUAUUUAUGUUUGCACCCCUCCGACCUUGAUGAGCCAUGUCGGUGCCAAUUGUCUGCUGCUAAACCUUUAUGUAGUUACCGCUCCUAAAACAAACAGUAAAUUAAUG